CUACAAGGCCGGCCCGAACAAACACAAUCAGUCCUUCGAUACCCGCGGUGCAAUCGAAAACUAUUGUUUACAUCGUCUUAUCACGCGAUAAGUGAUAACACGGGCCUAUGUGAUUGUGUACACUAUACCCCGAAUAACAGAACAAUAUAGAUAUCAAAAUAGAUGAAAUAUUGAAGAGGAAAGUGAAAGUAACCUAAAAUCAAGAGUUCUUUAGUCAUAAAAGUUUAUUCUAUGUUUAUUGUUUAAUCCCUAGACUCAAAACUCCAACAAAAUGAGUUCAGUACCGUGGAAAGUGGAGGACAAAGUGGUGUUGGUGACAGGCGGUGCAGCGGGGGUUGGUGCAGCGCUGGUGAGGGAGAUGGUGGCUCAGAAUGCAAGGCACGUCGCGUUUUUAGACAUCGCGGAGCGGGAGGGCGGCGCCCUAGAAGCGGAGCUGACGAGCAAGUUCGGCGCCCUGAGGGCCAAGUUCAUAAGAUGCGACGUCGCCAGCGAGGCGGCCCUCACCGCCGCGUACAAGCAGGUGCUGGACAAAUAUCACCGGCUUGAUCUCGUCGUCAACAACGCCGCCGUCGUCUCCAACGACGAGAGAGACUACAGGAAGAUGGUUGAUAUUAACUUCACGGCCACAGUUUCCAGCACAUUGAAGGCUCUGGUGCUAAUGUCUGGGGAUGGAGGGGGUAGUGGGGGGAGUGGGGGGGUGGUGGUGAACAUGUCGUCGCUGCUGGCGCUGAAGCCCGUCCCCCACCUGCCGGUCUACUCCGCCACCAAGUCCGCCGUGCUACAGUUCAGCAAUUGUAUAGCGGCCAGCAAGCCAUUCUCGGAGACGCAGGUCCGCGUGCUGACGGUCUGUCUCGGCCCGACGGACACGGCCAUCAUACACCGACACAACUUCACCAAGGACAACCACAUAGAGACACGAGUGCCGGAACGUCAAAGGGUCAGUUCAGCGGUAGCCGGUAUCCUGGACGUCAUCAGCUCUGCAGGCAGCGGCACCACGUGGGUGAUCGCCGACAACAAGCCCGCACGAGACGUCUCCAGAUACGUCACCGACGGCUUUCACGUCGUCUCCGAGGCGACGGAGGGCGUAGCUUAGUACUGCGGUUAGAACUGCACAGUUCGGUCAUGAAUGCUGACUGUAUAUGUACUGUGAUCAAACUGUGUAGUUUCAUUGUUAUUGUGUUUUACCGUAACGUGACUGAUUUGUCUUAU